CGAGUUUCUUUCUUCCCUUCCCUUUCUUUCCAACCGGGCGUUCCUCGGCCAGCCGUUCCUCCCCCACCAAAACGAUAAAAUUUCCUUUAACGAAUGGCCGAAACCCCGUCUCCCUCCGCCGCCGCCGCUGGCACCGGCACCGGCACACGCACCGACGCUUCCUCUCAGUACUGGUGCUACCACUGCGAGAAGCGCGUCUCCGUUGAGACCAUCGCCAACCUCCCCGAUGUCAUCUGCCUCGACUGCAAGAACGGCUUCGUCGAAUCCAUCCCCGCCGGCCCUUCCACCCCGCCGUCCAUCUCUGCCACUCCUUCUUUGAUCUCCGAUCCCUCCGACGACACAUUCGGAUCUCAGUUCCUGCAAAUGCUUCGCAUAAUAGCGCAAGCAGCUCGCGAGGAGGAGUACGACGACUUCGCGCCGCCACAUCUUUCUCCUCCUCCACCUUCGCACCACCGCCGCGAUGCUUCUCCAUCAGAGGAUGAUUUCCUCCGAAUCGACCUCGAUGGAUGGGACAACGGAGAAGAAGAGGCCGAGGAUGAAGAAGAAGGCGAAGAAGAAGAGGUGGAGGAGGAGGAGGACGGCGAUGGCGAGGAAGAAGAGGAGGUGAAUUUGAACGCCGAUGAGAACGAGAACGACGGAGAGAAUCGGAGCGAAGUCCAUCGAGGAGAUGGAGACGAUCGAUCGGAUAGAGACAUCGACGUUGACGACGAGGAAGAUCGGAGGAGGCGCCGCGAAAUUCUCCGCCUCCGAAUCCGCGAUUUUGCGACCAGAACCAGGACAGGGAGGAAUCGGAUUCUUGAUUGGGCCGAGAUCCUGAUGGGACUGGAGGAUAACUCGAUCGAAUUCCGUCUCGAAGUCCCUGAAUCAGAUAGAUACAUAGGCAAUCCAGAGGAUUACGUCGAUGCUGCCGGGUACGAGGCGCUGCUGCAGAACCUAGCCGACAGCGAAGGCGGCCGGAAAGGCGCUCCUCCGGCCUCGAAAUCAGCAGUGUCUGCUUUACCGGCGAUUGAGGUAACAGGCGAGGGGGAGACUUCGGUUUGUGCUGUUUGUAAGGAUAUGAUCAGUGUUGGUGAGAAGGAAACGAAGUUGCCAUGUGGCCAUGGAUACCAUGGAGACUGCAUUGUGCCAUGGCUGGGGUCGAGGAACUCUUGCCCGGUUUGUAGGUUCGAGCUGGCGACUGAUGAUACAGAGUACGAGGAAGAGAAGAGGAAGAAAGGGGUAGCUGCUGCUGCCUCCGGUGGUUGGGGAGCUUCGGCCUCUGGUGCCGGAGAUAGUUCAGGUUCCUCCAUUUGAUUGAGAAGUUGGUAAUGCUUUGCUUUCGAAGUCUCCUCCCUCCCCUUUUGUUUGUAUGUAGUCUUGAAAUGUUCUUGGAAACUCUUGUUUGAUGUUGAUUUGCUUACAUGGUUUAGAAUUGAAUGGGAUUUGUUUUCCAUUUUGCGAUUCGGAAUGUAUAUAUACAAAGGGAAGAUUAGCUCAAUCAUGUGAGAAAAGCUCUGCUCUUCACAUGGAAAAGCUCUUAGCAUAUGAUGGCAUUGCUGUUUUGCUUCCUUACUUCCUCUCUCAAUCAAGUAAAGUUUGCAAGUUCUGAAUUUGCAUGAAUAACAUCUUGAUCAUUGGGUUAUGUCUUGUUUCUAGUUGGCUUCCCUUGUUGUCUUACUUCCAGGCGCCAUCAUAGGAUUUGGUGGAGACUAUGGAAGAAGGGUCAUGAAAGUUUGAUGGGGUAUCUGUAGGCUGUUCAGUUUAGUAGAUUCUAGGUAUCUACAAUCAGAUUCUUUUGCAAGUCUGUAUUUGUAGUCUCAACGGAAUCAGUUGGGAGGAAGAAAGGGGGUACCUUCAAGCUGAUCAUCUCCAUGAACAGAACACUAAUGGGAUAUUUCAGAAUUAUGCUAAUUGAACAGUGUUGGCUAGAUACUAUGAUUAUAUCAUUGUUUACAUACACAUCUUGCUUCUAGUUGACUUGCAUCAAAACAAAUGUCAUUGUUUUCU